CCAUGCCUAUUAAACAACCCAUUUUGCUUGUGCUUAAUAAUGAUGAAUUGUUUUAAGCAAAAAAUAAUAAUAUUAAUAAUAAUGAUGAAUUUUUUAUUUGUUUUUGAAGUGGGAUUUUGAUAUUUUGACACUCACUCCGUGACGACAGGACAACGGGAGAAAGAUGACUCAACAUGACAUUUGCCAUAGCUACACCGAGAAAUAAUAUUUUCGAUUUUUUUUUUUCUUAAAUCUCAAUUUAAAAAAAUCUUAUACAAUUUGAUGGGACAAAGAAGCAGCGCUUGAACAAGUUUUGGCAUGAGCUGGGCUACAAGUUGUUUUUUCGAAUUGUUCUUCGUCUUUCUUCUUUCUCGAUCAGUUUCGUGAGUUCUACAUAGUAUAUAUGUUAAAGUGGCUUUGAUUUUCUGCAAAUUUUUUUGGGCAGCCAUGGAUAUGAUGAAGGACGACCCAAGAUUCAUGCUUGCUGUUCUCUUCCUCUGCCUGUUUCUCAAGACCCAUAUCUGUCAUGGAGCUGAUAGAAUCUCUGGCAACCAAACCCUCACCGGUGACCAAACCAUUGUCUCAGCUGGUGAGAUUUUUGAACUGGGAUUCUUCAAACCAGUUAAUUCUUCCAAAUACUACAUAGGCAUGUGGUACAAAAGAAUUUCCGAGAGGACCAUAGUUUGGGUGGCAAACAGAGAGACACCAGUAUCAGAUAGAUUUUCUUCUGUGUUAAGAAUCUCAGACGGUAAUUUAGUUCUCUUCAAUGAAUCCCAAAUCCAAAUUUGGUCAACAAAUGUGAGUUCAAGUGGCUCAAGCUCUGUACAAGCCGUUCUUGAAGAUAAUGGAAACCUUGUGUUAAAAGAAGGGUCUAAUAAUUCCCGAAGAAUUUUAUGGGAAAGUUUUGACCACCCUGCUCACACAUGGUUACCUGGAAGUAAACUUGGAUACAACAACAUAACGAAGAAGAACCAGCGUCUGAUUUCAUGGAGGACCUCGGAAGAUCCAGCACCUGGACUCUUCUCUCUUGAGCUAGACACCUCUGACAACUCGUACAAAAUUCUGUGGAACGGGUCUGUGCAAUAUUGGACCAGUGGACCUUGGAACGAAAACACUAAGAUUUUCGAUCGGGUCCCUGAGAUGAGGCUGAACUACAUAUACGAUUUUCAUUUUGUUUCAAAUAAUACUGAAAAAUAUUUCACUUAUUCUGUUAAAGAUAAUUCAACAACAUCUCGUUUUCUGAUGGAUGUCUCCGGACAGAUUAAGCAGCAAAAUUGGCUAGGAAAUGGAUGGAAUUUGUUUUGGUCACAACCAAGACAGCAAUGUGAAGUCUAUGCUUAUUGUGGUGCAUAUGGAAACUGCAACGAGGAGUCCUUGCCUUUCUGUAAUUGUGUGACUGGGUUUGAGCCAAAGUCACAGAGCAAUUGGGAUAUAGAAGACUAUUCCGUUGGGUGCAGGAGGAAAACCCCAUUGCAGUCCUGUGGGAACAACAGUACCAGUGGUGGUGGUAACGGUGAGAGGGACAAAUUCUUACAACUGACUAGCAUGUCAUUGCCUAAUCAAUCUUUAUCAGCAGGGAGUGCUGCUCAAUGCGAAUCAACCUGCUUGAACAACUGCUCUUGCACCGCUUAUUCUCUGGAUGACAAUGACUGCUUGAUUUGGAUAGGAGAUUUCUUGGAUCUGGAGCAACUCUCUGAAGAUGACGGCACUGGAAGAACUUUCUAUGUUCGACUAGCAGCUUCGGAGUUACCAAAUCCUAAGAAGAAAAAUGGAGUUAUUAUUGGUGUUGCUGUGGGCUCAGCUGUUGGGAUAUCAGUCUUCCUUUGCCUAAUUGUGUUUGUAAUUUUGAGACGAAGGAAGAAGAUCGUCAAACCAGGAAAAACGGUGGAGGGUUCAUUAAUGGCCUAUGAUUACAGAUAUCUGCAAAAUGCAACAAAGAAUUUCUCAGAGAAACUAGGAGGAGGAGGAUUUGGUUCUGUUUUCAAGGGGACUUUGCCAGACCAAACCGUAAUUGCAGUGAAACAGCUUGAAAGUUUUAGCCAAGGAGAGAAGCAAUUCCGGACGGAGGUUAGCACAAUUGGGACAAUCCAACAUGUUAAUCUUGUUCGGCUUCGCGGGUUCUGCUCCGAAGGCGCAAAAAGGCUGUUAGUGUAUGACUACAUGUCAAAUGGCUCUCUAGAUUCUCACAUUUUCCGGGAGAAGACUUCCAAUCUUUUGGACUGGAAGACAAGAUAUCAGAUUGCUUUGGGGACAGCCAGAGGAUUGUAUUAUCUCCACGAGAAGUGCAGAGAUUGCAUCAUACACUGUGACAUCAAGCCAGAAAACAUUCUCUUGGAUUCCCAAUUUAUACCGAAAGUGGCAGAUUUCGGCCUGGCAAAACUAGUUGGAAGGGAUUUCAGCAGGGUCUUAACCACCAUGAGAGGGACAAGAGGUUAUCUUGCUCCUGAGUGGAUUUCAGGAGUAGCCAUAACAGCAAAAGCUGAUGUUUUCAGCUUCGGAAUGAUGCUCUUUGAAUUUGUAUCAGGAAGGAGAAACUCGGAGCAAUCUGAGGAUGGCAAAGUUAAGUUUUUCCCAAGGUGGGCUGCAAGCGUAAUAAUCGAUGGUGGUGAUGUUCUUAGCCUUUUAGACCCAAGUUUGGAAAGGAAUGCUGAUGUAGAAGAGAUUACUAGAGUUUGUAGAGUGGCUUGUUGGUGCAUUCAAGAUGAUGAAAAUCGCAGGCCAACAAUGGGUCAGAUAGUUCAAAUCCUUGAGGGGGUGAUAGACGUGAACCUGCCUCCGGUUCCGAGAUCUCUCCAAGUUUUUGUGGACGACCAAGAGAAUGUAAUCUUUUACACAGAGUCAUCCUCAAGCCAGAGUUCACAGACUCGCAGCAACACAUCAACUGCUUCCUCUCAAGCCAAGAGCACAACCUCUUCGAAGAACUCUUUGUCCUAAGGAAACACACGAAGACCUAUGGCAUACAUGUUCCCUGCUUGGAAUCUUCCUCAAAUUGUACAGUUGAGAGCCAUUUGGUAAACCUUCAAUAUGCUGGCUCCCAUAAAAGUUUCUUGCAGUAUAUCUGCUCUUGUAAUGUGG